CUUUAUUUUUUAUUUGAAAAGGUUCUGAACUAAUGUCAGAUGUUUGAUGGAGUCCAGAUGUUUAGGUUGUUUAUGGCCUGUCGUUUGCAGAUAAACAGACCUCAGUUUUCUAGAACUAAAGUCUCAUCUGUCUUUUUUUUAUAUAAACAUUUGCUGAAGGGUUGAAUGUAGUUGUUUUUAUAUUAAAUUCAUAUUUUAUCCCUCAAGAAGUCUUUGUGAGAUGUUUCCAUCCUCAGGAGGAGUGGAUUUUCAUUAUUUUUCCUCCUCCGGAGCCUUUGCUGCUCCUGCCGGGUGCAGCACACCUGAUGCAGGUAAUCUGCAGGGACGUGUGGGAAGCAGCAGGGCGUGGCAUUGAGGCUUGGAGACCCCUGGUCCACCAGGCUGAGGCAGAAGAGAAAUGAGGCUCUGUUUGGAGGGAAUCUCUUCAGUUCUUAGCCGUUCCACCAGAUCUACGGUUCACUCUGAAGAUGAGAAACAUGCAGCAAAUCCAGCGCGACCCCGUUCCUUCAACACGGCAGUGACCAACCGUCUUCUGCUCUUAGACCUUCCUGGAAGUCCAUAAUUGGCUCUGUCAUGUCUGACUUGCUGGAGGACUCAAAAACCGACAGUCAUUUGGUUUGAAAUAGCAGCUUAAUCAUUCAGCCAGCGGCUUUGUCACGGUGACGGCUGGUGAUGUAAGAUACGCUCAUCCUGAUCCUCCCAGCCGAUUGGUUGGCCCCGCAGGUCAGAUGUCACACCUAGCUGGACGUAGGAGCAGAUUAGAGAUGUUUGUUUGGAAAGGGACUGACUGCAGGGAGAUGCACAGAUGAACCGGAGAGUUUUCAAACGGUUGGCUUGGUUAGGUCGCCAUGGUAACUUAUGCUGCACUCCUAACUUGGUGAGGCUGUGGACACGCGCAUCUCCCGCAGCCCCGCCCUCUUCGCUCCCCCACCAUCUGUCCUCAUUGGCUCUCUGCUCUGCUGUGGGUGGAUCGGGGCGCUCUGAUUGGAGGCUUACAAAGGUGGGUUUCCGGUCUGGCGCCGCCUCCCCCGGGGGCCGGCGUGCGCUCCCAGCAGCCUGUGGUGCCCUGCGCCCCCCCCUCCACACCACUGCACACUAGAGCCCAUGCCCAGGGAGGAAGCGCGGUGCGUCCGCCAGGAGCCAUGUGCCUCCCUCACACCAACAACAUGGACAGCAAGAUACAGGGGGCAGGGCCAGGGGGAGGAGCUAUACUUCAGCCACAAGCAGGGGGCGUUCCUUUGGAGCCCUUCAUCCACCAGGUGGGGGGUCACACCAGUAUGAUGCGGUAUGACGACCACACGGUGUGCAAGCCUCUGAUCAGCAGGGAGCAGCGCUUCUACGAGUCUCUUCCUCCAGAGAUGAAGGAGUUCACUCCAGAGUACAAAGGGGUGGUGCUAGUGUGUUUUGAGGGGGACUGUGAUGGAUACAUCAACCUGGUGGCGUACCCCCACGUGGAGAGCAACAUGGAGGGCGGAGCUGCGGAGCACGAGGAGCGAGACCCCCAGGAGAGAGAGCAGCCGAGGAGGAAGCACUCCCGCCGCAGCCUCCACCGCUGCUCCUCCGAGCACAAGGAGGAGCGGGCCGACAGGAAGGAGGCGCAUGAUAAUGACUCCUCCGACAAUCUGACAGAGCUGAAGAGUCCAAGGAUCGACACCAAGAUCUACUCGGAGGUUCCCUUCCAGAUGCUGGACUGGAACAGCGGCAUCUCGUCCGAGAAGAUCAGCCACAACCCGUGGAGCCUGCGCUGCCACAAACAGCAGCUCAGCCGGAUGCGGUCCGAGUCCAAGGAUCGCAAACUCUUCAAGUUCCUGCUGCUGGAGAACGUGGUCCAUCACUUCUCGUUCCCCUGCAUCCUGGAUCUGAAGAUGGGGACGCGGCAGCACGGAGACGACGCCUCCGAGGAGAAGGCGGCGCGGCAGAUGAAGAAAUGUGAGCAGAGCACGUCGGCCACGCUGGGCGUCAGAGUGUGCGGCAUGCAGGUGUACCAGCCCAGCACCGGCCACUACCUCUGCAGGAACAAGUACUACGGCCGCGGCCUGUCCAGCGACGGCUUCCGCCAGGCCCUCUACCAGUACCUGCACAACGGCAGGUGUCUGAGGCGGGACCUCUUCCAGCCAAUCCUGAGCAAGCUUCGGCGUCUGAAGGCGGUGCUGGAGAAGCAGGCCUCCUACCGCUUCUACUCCUCCUCCCUGCUCAUCAUCUACGAGGGGAAGGAACCUUAUGGACCUUUGACCCCCAAACCUGGACACCCCCCAGGCCGACAGCAGCAGCGCCCCCCCGGAGCGCCUUCAGAGCCACACUCCGGAUCCGGCGCCGCCGACGCUCGCUGCCGCGCCAGCGAGAACUCAGACCAGGGCCCUCCGCCGCUCCAGGGGACCGGACCUGUGGCCCCGCCCACCUCGUCUCCAACACCACCCACCAAGACAUCCGUCACCCCGCGCACCCCCCUCCCUCACCCGCAUCCGGACUCCUCCACACCCCCGGGCGUGGUUUCCCCUCCGCCACACCGUCAGCUGCCACUGGUGGAUCUUCGCAUGAUCGACUUCGCCCACUCCACCUUCAAGGGUUUCCGUGGCGACACGGCCGUCCACGACGGGCCGGACCGGGGCUACAUGCUCGGACUCGAGAGCCUGAUCGAGAUCCUGGAGAGCCUUCGAGAGGAGAACCUGCCGUAGCUCAGAAGCGGCGCUCACGUGUGGGCGUGUCCUUAAAAGGACCGCCGCCCAUUUUCAAAUAAACACCCCCCACCCCCAGAGACGCGCCGGGCCGUGCAACGACCACCUUUGUGGCGCCGAGUCAUUUUCUGAAAAACGGUCCCGGUCGGGCCGGAAUGUUCUCCAGAACUGAGACCUUUCGAUGUCACCAUGGCAACACGGGCAUUCAACAGUCAGGUUACCACAGCAACAGCUGGGGGGGGGGGGGGGGGCACUGUCGUACCGCUGCUGUAAAGAUGAAGAACCCUUUCUCCGUGUUUUCUCUCCUGAUAAAUGCAUUCCAGCGCGGCGUCCAGCCGGUCCUCGCCGCGUCCGUCAGCCACCGCAGGCCAGACGGGACGUGUGGCUAUCGCUGCGUCCUGCUCGUUUUUGUUGUUACCAUAGCAACCGUCCUGUCACGAACACGUCUACUGUCAUGUUGGCAGUAAGAAGUCACGGCCCGCUUUAUGUCUGUGUGCGAAUCCGGUUCUGUACUGCAGCGGUUCCAGGAGGACGACAACAGCUUCACUGUUUCCUUCUCUGCUUCUACUGCGCAGAAAAAUUAGAGCUCGAACCCUGAGAGCUGUAGGGAAACGUGGAGGAGACGCCAAAGGCACCGGACCGUCUCUAGGAUAAUUUACAGACGGAACCUCCAGAACUCUGGUAGAAGCACAGUGACCCGUUUAGGAAGCCGGUCCUCACAGAGGUAGACAGACAGAUGUUGGUGACAGCAGCAGCUGCUUGACAGCGGCGCAGGACAGAGCGUCCAGCCCCCUCCCUCCAAUCUGCUCCUCAGCUUUUUGUUCCCUCCACUCGAUCCAAACCCGGACUGGCGGAUGCGCCUUUAAUGCGGUACUCUGAGGGCAGAGGAAGGACGGGGAGCUCUUCCUCCUCCAGCAUCGUGGAGGACAGGAAGUAGAUCUGUUUGGGUGGGGGGGGGGGGGGGGGCGCUGCUCCUGCAGGUAGACCCUCCAUGACGCUCCACCAAAGCUGGUUCAUCCACACGUCUGUGGUUGUUAGCAAAUCUCAUGAAAGGAUCCGCGGCAGGAAAGAGUCGUUUUAUCGUCGUCUACCGAACAUUUAAAAGAAGAAAAGAAAAACGGGUCGAGAGAAAAAAAACUAAACUAAAUUUCCACAAACUGUUUUUGAAAAAAGGCUGUUUGAAUGUUUUUAAAAAGUUUUUAUCUGUUUGUGUAAAUUCUGAGCAUUUCCUCUGGAAACAGUUCUGAACUUUUUGUUCUUACCAAAGAAAGGAUCUGGAAACGAGCAGAACCCCCCAGGAGCAGCUGAACCCCCCAGUUUCAUGAAACUUGUUAGCGAUCCCUAAAACAUCGGGGAACACCAGCCGUCCUGUGAGAGUAUUUUCAUGUGCUGUAUAUGUUUAUGUACACAAACGGGCGUGUACUUUGUGUUUGGGGGUUAAGUUUGACUGUAUGGAGUUAAUUUAACUCUGCCCUGCCUCAAAAGUUCAACACCCAUAUAUAUAUAUGUACAUAUAGAUAUCUUUAUGUGCAUAUAUAUAUAUAUACACAUAUACAUAUACACACACAUAUAUAUAUAUAUAUAUAUAUAUAUAUAUAUAUAUAUAUAUAUAUAUAUAUAUAUAUAUAUAUAUAUAUAUGUGUGUAUAUAUAUAUAUAUAUAUAUAUAUAUAUAUAUAUAUAUAUAUAUAUAUAUAUAUAUAUUUGUAUGUCGUUAUCUAUUGAGAAUCAUGGUCAGCAUAUUUAAUGACCUCCUGUUGGAUCUGAUAGAUCCAGAUUAGAUCGUGUUAGCCAAUCAGAUGUGUCCAUUUGUACUCCUUCAAAAAGAAAAGUUGGCAGUCCCUCAGGCUGGCCUUGAUGCAGCACUGCCCCCUGCUGGACAGCCUCAGGAACUGGAGUAAAGGGACGGCGUGAAUGGAAAUGUUUUACUUUGGGUUUAACAAGGUAAUAAUUUAUUUUUUUAAACACAAAUCUUCCCACAUGUGCAGGUAACACCUUUGUCUUUUACACGUCUCCCCUCUUAAUGUAAAGGGACGUCUAGAACAGUAUUAAAGGAGGUCUGCGGUUCUGCUGCAUCCGCCGCAGGUUCCAGGCCUCAGUUCUCUGCAGGGAAACAUGCGCAUGUUGGAAAGGCCGCAGAAAGCUUUCAGUUUUUCACCUCACCCCCCUGAAGCAGGUAAAGACGCAGCGGUGGGGGUCGUUUCCUGUACAUCAGCGAUGUGAAGAUCGUCCUCAGUGAUUGGUGGAACUUAUUUAGCUGCAUCUUUCUGUGAUUUCAUCCCGACUGUCAGAACAGUGAACGUAAGAAAGAUUAAAUCUUUCCAGAAGCUU